AUGUCCGAAUACGCAAAAUUAGUCGAAGGUUUAUCUGCAGAUGAUAUCUUGGAAGAGUUCCAAGAGGUCAUCCCUUUGCAAAGAAGACCAAACACUCAUUCCAGUAGUGAAUCCAAUGGAAGCAACCAAGAUGAUUUGUUUUCUGGUCACGAUGAAGAACAGAUUAGAUUGAUGAACGAAAAUUGUAUCGUUUUGGAUUGGAAUGAUAAUGCCAUCGGUGCAGGAACUAAAAAAUUAUGUCAUAUAAUGGAAAAUAUCAAUAAAGGUCUGUUGCAUAGAGCAUUUUCCGUCUUCUUAUUCAAUCAAGAAGGUAAAUUGCUAUUGCAACAAAGAGCUACUGAAAAAAUCACUUUCCCAGAUUUAUGGACAAACACCUGUUGUUCUCAUCCUCUAUGUGUUGAUGAUGAAAUAGGUUUAAAAGGUACUCUAGAUGAUAAGAUUAAUGGUGUUAUCACAGCAGCAACAAGAAAAUUAGAACAUGAAUUGGGUAUCCCACAGAAUGAAACUACUCAAUUCGGUAAAUUCCAUUUCUUAAAUAGAAUUCAUUAUAUGGCUCCUUCAAAUGAUCCUUGGGGUGAACAUGAAAUCGAUUAUAUCUUAUUCUAUAAGAUCAGUGACCAAAAUUCUCUAACUGUUGCUCCAAGUCCAAAUGAAGUAAGAGAUAUUAAAUGGGUUACCGCCGCAGAAUUAAAGGCAAUGUUUAACGAUACAUCUUUGAAAUUCACCCCUUGGUUCAAACUGAUCUGUGAAAGUUACUUAUUCCAAUGGUGGGAUAAAUUAAACGAUUUAUCAGAAGUUGAAAAUGAUAAAAAAAUUCACAGAAUGUUGAAAUAA